AUAUAUAUAUUUGAUUCAAUGCUAAUUUAUAUACUAAUAUUUCACGCUACUAAUCGGAUAGGCGGCGCAAGUUCUAGCGGCGCCAUGGGCAUCAAAGCAGUGUCACUGUCUGACGUCACAGCUCAUAUUACUCCGACGUCGGUGACGUCACCGGUGUCCACCGCCGCUAAAAUCACGGUCACGUCUGCCAAGUCGCCUCCCUCAGGGGAGGGGGAUGUGGCGUUCCCGGCCGUUCUAAAGGGUUCCCAAAAGCAGAGGGUCCCACCACCCGUCCCUCCCAGAGGCUCCCCUAAAGCAAAACGUGGCGGUGGUAACUCCCAGUCGUCCAGUAUCGACACGAAAGGUGACUAUCCCAAUCUAAGCAUAUCAGUCAGCGAUAUCCCACCUCAAACGCCCAUCACCAGCAGUGAUGACGAUUUCUGCUUCUACGGGCAUGAUUUUAAGUUUAAAGAGCCUGUUGCAUGCCGCAUCCCGCCGUCUGUGUCUGAACAUUCUAUUAAAAUGACGCAGCUAGUUGCGUCCAACUCGUUCUUAGACUUCGUGGAAGAAGGAGACAGCAUCACAGAGAGGUCGCAUCCGGGGAAGGAUUUGAUAGCCCAAACCACUAUGAUGGCGAGGUUCAAUAUAGAUACAACUGUGAGAGAGCACUUGGACUCGGGAGAUUAUCAUGACACAUCGUUUACGGAAUCUAGCAGUGAAGAGAGGAUAAUAGUUUACGAACUCCCAGACCAAGGAACUCACGCUAUAGAAUUAGCUGAAAUCAAAGGCAGACAGUCCAAAAGUCCGACACAGUUCAUCAAGGGUAUGGUUUCUCAUAUUGGUGAUAAAUUGUCAAGAAAAUCGCCCAUUGGUAUCGAAGCGCCUGGUGAAAAACUAAGUGUGCAUAAUGUACGAUCUUCAGACUUAAUUUCAGCGGCAAAAUCGUUGAAGAGGACUCCGCGUUCCGAAAGGAAUUUCAACCCAAGCGAAGAUAGAGAAGUUGAACAAAAAGCCGAUAAAAAUGGUGGAACAAAGCCUGGAAUUAUUUCUGGACUUACCAAAAGAUUAAACUUCAAUCAAUCCAAGAGAGACAAAAAUCGGCCUCAAGAAAUUAAGAAGCCUAAACCCAAAGUUGAGAUCAAGACGUAUACUGAACAGCAUUCGAGAGGAAUGACGAAAGAUGAAGUGAUUUGCCAUAGAAAGGCUAAAAACAAAAUUGAUAUGUUCCAAAAGCACAUUUGGAAAGUACAGUCAGAUUCCGAAAACAGUUCAAGAAGAAGUUCCUUUUCAUCAUCACAGGACAGCAAAAGAUCAGAAAAGACCCCGAAUCUUGGAAGACAUGUGCUUGUUAAAGAAACCAAAAAGCUAUUCGAACCUAUCAAAUACAUUCAUGAAAGUUCCAGCUCUCUAGAUAAGAAGUCAAACUUUUCCCUAAACGUUACAUCUCUCAAUCCGAUUAUUUCGAAAUCGAUAAGUGGAAACGUGCAUGAUAAAAUCAAAAAGUUCUCCGAGACAUCCUUGUCUGACUCCAAAAUGCCUCAGAAAGUGCCAAGGCAGAAAAAGAAAGGCAGUUUCAAGAAACGAUCAGCAAGGAACCGGAUCCUCAAAAUGAGGAAAGAGGUCGAAGAAGUUAUCUAAAAUGAAAAUUAAAAUAUUUUUGCUGAU